ACAGAUUUUGUAAUUUCAUCCUUCCUGUUUCGUAUACCUUUUAUUAAAUCAUGGCGAAACAAGAGUUAAAGUAUUCAGAAUGUCCAAUUCCAAAAUCUACUUUCACCACUUUUAUGGACGAGGGUGGCAUGCACUACCGAGCUGGACAUUUUAGAAAGGCACUCUUCUGUUUUGAUCGGGCAUUGGAACUACAAUCAACGAGUAAAGCUGCUCUCGUUUGGAGAAGUCAAUGUCAUUUGAAACUGGGGGACGCCCAGGCGGCUUUGAAAGAUGCUCAAGCUUCAUUUGAGUCGGACGACACGUAUAUUCAAGGCCUGUACCAGUAUGCCGAAGCGUUGUUCAAUUUGGGACAGUUCGAGCAAGCAGCCAUUUCGUACCACCGGGGAUUUCGUGCUCGUAGAGACAAGGAGGAGUUCCGAGUUGGGAUUAACAAGUGUCAAGAAGCCAUCCGGCGAGCCAUUGGAGAGAGACAAGCCACACAGAUUGAAGAUCUCGAAGUGAUUCUCCCCCAAAUUGAUGAAAUUAACAACACGGAGAAAGGCAACGCUGGGCACUGCUGCGUAUUGGACAGAGCGAGUGAGAUUGAGCUGAGAAAGAAGGGUAUUAAAAAGAACGUAACCUCAAAGGCCAGAGCUCGCUGGGUGGAUCGAGAAGUUCUUGGCGUCUUGCAACAAGACAAGGAUUAUCUGACCAAAUUUUUGAAACGGCCAGAUAUUGAGGGAAACCAUCAGAGUGGCUCAGAUUCGUUAAGAACUUCGGCAAAAGAAGCCCUCAAAUAUCUUGAAAUCAGAGAACAAUUUUGGCGUAUGCAAAAUCCAAUGUACUCUCGUAAAGUUGGCCUAAAUUUCAACAAUGAUAUGGUUAUACAAUACGAAAAACAAGAGCUAGAAAGGAUGGAAGCUUGUCGUAAAAUCAAAAUGGACGCUGCUCAAGGAGCUGUUUUGAAAAAUUUGACGCAAAUCGAGCACGCUUUACAAAUUGGCCGAGCUCAAGAUUGUCAACUUGAAUGCGAGCGAGCUUUGAGACAAAUCAAGGAAAUAAGUCUUCGACUUCUCCCCCGAAAGCCAGAGUUUACCACGCAAAUUUUGCAUUUCAAAGGACUCGCACUCUUGAAACUCAAAAACUUUGACGCAGCAGUGGCAACAUUUCAAGAGGAGUUCAAUGUGGCCGUUCAACACAAAAUGCCUGAAAUUAAGUCUCGAGCAUUGGAUUUCUUGGGGAGAAGCUUUGCCCUGAAGGGCUCAUAUGCAGAAGCAGCCGAAGUUUGGGACAGCCGGCUUGCCAUUGCUAAAACGCCGGUCGAAAGGGCUUAUCUAUACCAUGAGAUUGGGCGAUGCUAUUAUGAAACUAAUAAGUUGGACCUUGCAAAAAUAUAUGCACACCAGUCCUUGGAAGAAGCGGUUAAAAUCAACGACGACAUUUGGGCGAUGAACGCUUGUAUUUUGUUAGGGCAGUGCGACACCAAAACUCGCUCAUUUGAGAAAGCUCUUGACCACUUUGAAAAAGCUGAAGACUACGCUCUGAAAUGUGGAAACAAGGGAAAUGUGACUCUGCUUCGUGAAGGACAACAAUGCAUCAAAGUCUAUCUGGAUAAACAGAACCCAGACUCUGCAGCACCUAACAAGCGUAGCAGCAGCCACGAUAGUGCCGAUUUGGAUCAUCAAGAGUCUGAGGACUCUUUUCACGAAACCUAAAUCCGAACACUUUUUGUUAUUCCUUAUUUGUCCAAUUUUAUGUAUUGUACUACAGGAGGAAAUUAUGGAGGUAUUUAUGUCACCCAAUGAGAUUCUAAU